UACACAUUCAACAACAGGGAGAACAUAGAAAUCUCAGAUGUAACAGAGGAAGACAGGCCAAAAGGGGUGCCUUACGGUGGUGACAGAUUUUGUUGGAUUGUUUGAUGUGAAAUAUUUUCGGAAUUUUUUUUUUUUUUUGCGCGGAGUUGUAAAGAAUUGGAUGCGAUUAAAGCUGGGAAAUGAUGCAGGCGAGAUUAGUGGCAAUGGAGGAAGGUAAGGAGCCUUCAUUGCCAAUUAGUAAUCAGCCUAGGGCUUUCCCAAGGUCUCUGCGGUUCUGUUCUGUGAUUCUAGGCCUCGGCAUUGUCUUUACGGUUUUUAGUAUCUUCAUGAGCCGGCAUUUUAGUUUUGAGAAUGUUGUUAUCCCCGCAACAAGUAGUAAAAUUCAUCUGUGUUUUCAGCAAUCGAAUGAUUUUCAGAGCUGGAUUAGGCCUCCGUUGAAUGUGUGGCAUCGGAUGAGUGAUGCUCAGUUGUUGUGGCGGGCUUCGUUUGAUCCUCAGAUCAAAUCUUACCCGUUUGAGAGGGUUCCGAAGAUUGCCUUUAUGUUCUUGACCAGAGGGCCACUGCCUAUGGCUCCUCUGUGGGAGAGGUUUUUCAAGGGGCAUGAACAGAUGUACUCGAUUUAUAUUCAUGCCCUGCCAACGUAUAAUGAGACUUAUCCGCCUUUCUCACCGUUCUAUCAGAGGCAAAUUCCGAGUAAGGUUACGGAGUGGGGGAUGAUGAGCAUGUGUAAUGCAGAGAGACGACUCCUUGCUAAUGCUUUACUCGACAUGUCAAACGAAUGGUUCAUUCUCCUGUCUGAGGCAUGCAUUCCUCUUCAAAGCUUCCCGGCUGUUUACCUCUACAUAUCAAAUUCCCGGUUAAGCUUCAUGGAGAUAUACGACGAUCCUGGACCCUGUGGCAGAGGGCGCUAUAACCAUAACAUGGAACCAGUAGUGAACCUCACUAAUUGGCGUAAAGGAUCACAGUGGUUUGAAAUAGACCGAAAACUGGCAGUUGACAUUAUUAAAGAUGACACUUAUUACCCAAAGUUUGAGCAGUUCUGCAGACCGGCAUGCUACGUUGAUGAGCACUAUUUCCAGACAAUGCUGAGCAUCCGUUCGCCUCAGCUUCUGGCAAACAGGACCCUUACAUGGGUCGACUGGUCUCAGGGCGGUCCUCAUCCGACCACUUAUACAAAAGCCGAUGUCACAAAGGAAUUCUUUACGAAAAUAGCUAAAAAACAGACAUGCACUUACAAUAACCAGCCAUCCAAGGCUUGUUUAUUUUUCGCAAGAAAGUUUGCUCCAGAAACUUUAGACACAUUGUUAGAACAUUCAUUAGAAUACUUCGGGUAUUGACAAAGAUUUCUCCUGGCCCUUCCAAACACCUUUUUUGUUGAUUAACUUUCUGCAUGUAUCUUCAGAUUUUUUAGCCGAUGUAGAUAGAACCUGCUGAGUUUUUCACUGUACAAAUCGAACAAUGUAUGAUCAAGAUGAUCUAUGAUUUAAAUAUCUGGACUUCAAAGAUUAUAUGUACUACUAAGUUCCUGUAUGGCCCUGCUCAUGAUCAUCAACCGAAACUUUGAGAGAAGUAGCCUGAUGCAAUCUUUCUGCAUCAUAGCUUCAUGUUUAUUAAAGUUUCAGUUAUCAGAAGACGGAGAUGAGAAGCAGUUUCAAAAAUUGCAUAAACCAGAACAGACUUGCUCUUAUCAUUGUAUCUGUAAGCAAGAAGCUAUUUUUACAUGAAAUGAGAUUUAAAUAUACAAAAAUUCACAGGAUACCUGAUGCAAAAUCUGACCCCUAUUUACAUAAGAUAGGGUACUCUAAGUUUCACUUUCUUAUUUAGAUAUCCUGAUUUUUAGCAAUAAGGAGUUGAAUGAAUCGGAUAUUUUACAUCUCUGUGUGAUUUAAGCCUCCAUCAAAUACUAGAGGUGUUUGGACCAAUUUUGGGUCCAUAUAACUCUACAAGGCACCUUACAAUUCGUCGUGAUGAUCAUCCCUUAUCAGAGGAGUUUUUGUUUGGAUUUCAAUAAGGUGUCUAGCAGCUAGUGUAGCGUGAAGGGCAGCACCAAAUGGAAAUGCAUCUUCAUUGAUUUCAAAAUAAGGUGAGUGUGGUGAAGGAAAUUUUCCCUUUGUUUCAUUUUUCAUACCGAGGAAAUAAAAGUAGCCUGGUAUG